AAUGUACCAUCAACAUGAAGCGCUGGCCGGCUCAGCCUGAGGCCUCUCUGCUGCAAUCGCUCUUCUACUCUUGCCCAACCCGCAAUACUGACGGCCGCAAACGGCUUCCAGUCUUCUCCUUUCGCAAGUUGGUAAGUGCAUUGCGAGCAUGGCUCGCUACUGUUGACUGAUCCGAUGUUCUCGGUGUAAAGGCAAGGCGUGUAGCGGCCGUUGAUGAUGCGAGCUCGGCAACAAGGCUCUCCAACAAUGCGCUCACGACCCCAGUGUGAACAAGCUCGAUGGUAUACGUGCUCGGUAUGGCACAUCUUGCAACGUUGCCCAC